AUGUACGAAUAUAUGAAGGAGAUUGACUUGAGCCACCAUAAAAUAUAGAGUUAAUUCAAUUUGUUUGAAGAAUUAGGAGGUGAUUUUUCAAUAUUGAUAUAUAAUGAGAUAGAGUAAAGCAAGUAUAUUCUGUUUGAAUCAAAGAGUUAUAUUGAAAGAAAAAACAUCUAUCUGGUCUGGGAUAUAUAAUCAAAUAAGCUAGUCAAAGAAUUAAAAUUUUAUAACAAAAUUAAAAAUAGAGAGUUUAAACGGAUUAAUGGCAGCAACUAUUUCUAUUUCCUUGAAGAUUCUGGAGUUUACUUUUAGAAUAUUAACAAAAUCUUAUCUGAUGACUAUGAUUAUGAAUAAAACUUGACAUUGGUAAAAAUACAAGAGGGAUAUUAAGAUUUCAAAAUAUUGGGAGAUGAUUUAUUAUUUAUACAGUUUAAGAAUGACUUUUACUUUUUCAUUAAAAUAGAUGUGAACAAGAUAAAUUUCGCUGAAUUAAGUUCUAAUUUAUAGAAUAUAAGUGAAUGGACUUAAUGUAGUAGUGGGAUUUAGACUGUAGGUUAAGAUUUGAAAAUCAAGUAUAUUGAAUAGUUUUAGAUCUACUUACUUCACUUAGAACUUGCUGAUAGAAAUGCUUAUGGCAAAUUAAAUAGCUUAGUUAUUUUAAAUUCAAAGAGCAAUCACACUUUAAUAAUAAUGUGGGAUUCAUCGAGAAAGAAAUAUUUAAUUAUAGAUAAAUAUGAUUUUAGUUUCAAAGAGGAAAUAGACUAAGAAGAAUUAAGGUUUGUUAGAGAUCUUGACUUACUUUAUGCAAUUGAUUAAAAUAACUAUUUAAAGUCAAUUGAUCCUUGUACUGGAAAAAUUUCAAAGGAAAAUAAAUUGAACAUCGAAUAAGGCUUUAAAAUAUAUUAAGCUUCUUUACUAGCUACCUACCUUAUUCUCUAAUUAUAAGAUGAAGAUCAAACUCCUUGUUUGUAGAAAUUAUUGAUGAAAUAUGGGUACUUUUAAAUGACAUGA